UCCUCAUCUAAUAAGCUUUUCUUGAGACCUUUACAUGCUAUAUUGGUAGUAUUUUCAUAAGUUGAAGGUUCCUAUAUUAAAAAUACAUAUUGAGCUAAAGAUUAUUCAUAUAAUGGGUUUGAAAGAUAUUGGAUCCAAAUUGCCACCGGGGUUUCGGUUUCAUCCAAGCGAUGAAGAGUUGGUUUGUCACUACCUUUGCAACAAGAUUAGGGCCAAAUAUGACCAUGGUGAAGUUGAGGAUGAUGACGCUGACGAAGCCUUGAAUGGUGCUACUGACCUUGUGGAGAUUGACUUGCAUAUUUGUGAGCCAUGGCAGCUUCCUGAUGUGGCAAAGCUGAACGCAAAAGAAUGGUACUUCUUCAGUUUCCGCGAUAGAAAAUAUGCGACUGGAUAUCGUACAAACAGAGCAACGAUAAGCGGAUACUGGAAAGCAACAGGUAAAGAUCGGACGGUGAUGGAUCCACGAACAAGCCAAUUGGUAGGGAUGAGAAAAACAUUAGUAUUCUACAGGAACAGAGCACCAAAUGGGAUCAAAACUACUUGGAUCAUGCACGAGUUCCGUCUCGAGUGUCCUAACAUGCCACCUAAGGAGGAUUGGGUCUUGUGCAGAGUGUUCAACAAAGGCAGAGACUCAUCACUACAAGACAAUAACAAUAACAAUGAUCAUCAGACGCAAAGGUUUGAAGUUAAUGACGCUCCGGAUAAUCACAAUAAUCAGUUGCAGCCUCUACUAUUAUCCCCUCCUUCCACCACCAUCGACCCUCCACACCAUCAUGAUCAGUGGGAACAGCUAAUGAAGCAGCCUUCAAGGACCACCGACCAUCCCUAUCAUCACAAUUGUCAACAUCAAACCGUAGCAUGUGGUUGGCAACAGAUGAUGAUUGGCUCGACGUCGUCACUGUCAAGCCAUGGCCCUGAUCACGAGUCCUUGCUAAAUUUUCUUUACGCCGACAACAACAACAGUGUCAACAUCUCUGAUGAUCAUUAUGGUCAGAACUAUGGGAAGAUAUUGUUGUCGUCAGACAUCACGAGACUGGAUCACGACAAGACAUGUAUGGCGUCAUCAUCCGAUGGUGGAAUGGGCUCUGAUCCCCACAUGGAACGUGGUGGCUUGAGUUUUGAGACCGAGAAUCUUCUCGCUUUCCACUGAAAAUAUACUACACGAAGGAUUUUACAUACAUUCGCCGAUUUAUUGAUUCGUGAAAUAGGCACAUAUAUCUACAGUCUUGUCAAAUAUCAUUCAUGUAAGUUGUGUGGCUUUUGGGUAUAGGGUUUGUGAAACUAGGUUAUUUAGGAGGUUGAUAUAAAUAGUGUGUUUUUUAUUAGAUUUUUUCAUUUCUUUGAUUAAUACGUGAACCAAUUUUUACUAA